UUUCCAUAUUUUAAAAAUGUUUGGCUAGACUUUGUCCAUUCUCCCAAGAAAAAAGGAAAAUUUUCCUUAGAAACAAACCAACCAGCAUACCUCUAUAAAAACCAUCCCCUCUUUCUCUUCACUCUGUUUAAUCUCUCCAGCAAAGUUCACCACCGACCAAGAAGAACCCCCCCCCCCCCACCCCCCGGCAUCCAAAGAAUAACAUAGAAAAUAUGUCAAAGGAAGAAGUUUUCAUCGGCUCCGUCGACCAAGGCACCACCAGCACCCGGUUCAUCAUCUAUGACAAAUCUGCUCAACCAGUCGGAUCCCACCAGGUCGAGUUCACUCAGUUCUACCCUGAAGCGGGGUGGGUGGAGCAUGAUCCAAUGGAGAUAUUGGAGAGUGUGAGAUUGUGCAUUUCAAAGGCAGUAGACAAGGCUACAGCUGAUGGUUACAAUGUGGACAGAGGAUUGAAAGCAAUUGGGUUGACCAAUCAAAGAGAGACAACUCUUCUUUGGAGCAAAUCUACUGGUUGUCCUCUCUAUAAUGCCAUCGUUUGGAUGGAUGCUCGUACCAGCUCUGUUUGCAGGAAAUUGGAGAAAGAAUUGCAAGGAGGCAGAACACAUUUCGUGGAAUCAUGUGGUUUGCCCAUAAGCACUUAUUUUAGUGCAGUGAAGCUGCUAUGGUUGAUGGAGAACGUGGAUGCUGUUAAAGCUGCUAUUAAAAAGGGAGAUGCGUUGUUUGGAACUAUAGACACAUGGUUAAUCUGGAAUUUAACCGGAGGCAUAAAUGGUGGAUUACAUGUCACUGAUGUCUCUAAUGCAUCACGGACAAUGCUCAUGAAUCUCAAAACUCUUGAUUGGGAUAAAACCACAUUAGAAACUCUAGGAAUACCAGCUGAAAUUCUGCCCAAAAUUAUAAGUAACUCUGAGGUCAUUGGUAAAAUUACCGAAGGAUGGCCUAUUCCUGGUAUUCCCAUUGCAGGAUGUCUUGGUGAUCAACAUGCUGCAAUGGUUGGGCAAGCUUGCCGAAAGGGUGAGGCCAAAAGCACUUAUGGAACCGGUGCCUUUAUCCUUCUCAACACAGGUAAUGAGAUAGUUAAGUCAAAUCACGGGCUCCUAAGCACAGUUGCAUUCAAGCUUGGUCCAAAAGCACCGACUAAUUAUGCUUUAGAGGGCUCUAUUGCUAUUGCUGGAGCUGCAGUUCAGUGGCUAAGAGACAGCCUUGGGAUAAUUUCCAGUGCAAGCGAGAUUGAACGUUUGGCAUUACAGGUUGAUUCCACAGGUGGGGUUUACUUUGUCCCUGCUUUUAAUGGAUUGUUUGCUCCAUGGUGGCGAGAUGAUGCUCGUGGGGUUUGCAUUGGAAUUACAAGGUUUACAAGCAAGGCUCAUAUCGCUCGCGCGGUGCUUGAAAGCAUGUGUUUUCAAGUGAAAGACGUAUUGGAUUCAAUGCACAAAGAUGCAGGCGAGAAAGGUGAGGUUAGGAAUGAAACGGAAGAGUUCUUGCUUAGAGUGGAUGGUGGUGCCACUGUCAACAACCUCUUGAUGCAAAUUCAGGCGGACUUGCUGGGGAGCUCUGUGGUGAGGCCAGCAGACAUAGAAACAACAGCUCUUGGAGCCGCAUAUGCUGCUGGAUUAGCCAUAGGAGUGUGGAAAGAAGAUGAGAUUUUUGCUUCUGGACAGAAGAUUAAAACUUCCACUAUAUUCCAUCCCAUACUGAGCGAGGAACUAAGGAAGAAGAAGGUGGGUUCUUGGUGCAAAGCUGUUUCAAGAACUUUUGACUUGGCCGACCUUUCUAUUUAAUGCACAGUCAGUUCUUUGUUAUGGGUUCCUCUUCUUUCUUUUUGCUCUUCCUUAAAUGAUGGUUGUUCUGUUUCCGAACAAUUUCUAGUCCUCGUAGGUUAUUGUGAAUGACAGACAAAUCCAUGGUUUUAUCGAAUUGAAUAAUUGGUGAUAAAAUGCUUACAUUCCUAGCCAUUGCUUAGCUUCAAUGAUUUUUUAGUGCACGUCUUUUUUAAUAUUUGAGGCUGUCAAGUUUAAUCUCUUAUCGCUAGAAAUUAAGAAUUCAGCACUUUUCCGUCACACCACGUGACUGCUGUUGUGCAUAUCAUCUGAGCUAAAUAUAUGUUAGACGCUGCCAUGUUUAGUUGACAUUUUCCCAUUGUUACCUGGUCCAUUGACAGAAGUGUUAGAACUGCGAAUUUUAUA